UACAGAUAAAACAGAUAAACCCUGUUUAAACCAUGGGAUUUAAGAUCUUCUAAAACAUCUUAUUUGGCAUGAUGAAUAGAUUUUCGGUUGUAUUACAAAAUGCAUUUGAUGCUCUUGCACCUCCAGCUCCGCUGCAUGAAGACUUCGUUUAUCACUGGAAGCGAUUGAUGAAACAUUAUUUGGAUGUAGCAGCAACCAAUAAAGUUGCAAUAGAGUUGACAAACAUUCCGGCUCAUCUUGAACAACUAGAGAAGAUUCUGCUGAAGGAAGAUGCAGAGACGUCUCCGGAAGAAGCGACAGCUCCGUGUCUGGAGUAUCUGAUGAAACAUAACCUCCUAGACUUGUUGGCCACGCUCGCUAUCAGUGACGACCCCCCCGGCAUGCGGCAGUAUGUGCUGCGGUUUAUCACUCAGAUUCUGACUCAUCUACAGGCUUCCAUUCUGGCCCACAGUGCUAUAUUCCCCCCUCUGCAGCGUUUGAUUGAAAUGUGUAACGGGCUCUGUCCAACACCGAGUGAAUUUGAAGAAGUAAAAUUCCUUUUUUCUCUCAGUGCCCAGUUACGAAAACAUCCCAACUUAGUCUACGUUUACAUGCUGCAGGGAGAGAACCCAGAGAGGAGAUUGAGUGUUAGUAGCACCACCAGCAACCAGAGUUGUUCCAGUCAGCGGACAGCUGCCCCCAACAACCCGCUGUUCCGUCCUCUAGACACACCCCUGCCUGAUGCUGAGCCCAAGCUUAUUCCGGUGGAGGCUACGCAGACUUCCCCCGUCUCUGCGGCAUCCACGGAGAUGUCGCAACAGGCUGUGGAACAGAUUAAUUCUCUUCCAAAGUUCCCUUUGAUAAAUUCCCUCAUCACGUAUAUCAACAGUGCCGACAGCAAUGUGCGUGUGAAGGCGUGUCAGGCCAUCAUGCUGUUGACGUCAGUUCCGGACGAUAAGUUUGCCCAGAUCGUUGCUCAUCAGUCUCCGUUAUGUGAGAGUCUUGCUCUCAAACUGACGGCCCAGUACCUUGAGAUUCCCCCAGAGACGGACCCAAACCACAUUGAUGAUAUGCACGCCACUUGGGGGCUGGACACACCAAUUCCUCUGGAGGUGGAAGAAAGUUGUGAAGGCUGCAGGCAAGCCGCAACAUUCCUCGGCUGGCUCGACUUCUGUGAUCAGGUGGCAGUGGAAGGGAGGCCGGUGAUUGGAACAUCAUUAGCCAGUUGUAUUAGAGAACUGUUUUUAGAUCAAGAGUUUGAGCCCGAACUGCUUCCCAACAGUUUGGUUCUUGCUUUACUCACCAAGUGCUUCAAAGUCAUUACUUCUGCGCCCCUUACCAAAGAAAUGAGUGAAUGGCUGGUGGGGGAGAGCAGAUCACCGGAACUGCCUGGUGUUGUGACUUGCCGCACCAGACAAGCACUACUCGACAUUUGUAGUCAUUCCGAACCAGCCGUCAGCUUAGAGGCCCUUAGACUCUUUGAGGUGCUGCUGGAGAAGAAUAUAGAACAUAUAAUCCACUGUCUGGUGUUGACCUAUGUGGAAGGUCGAGGUUACUAUGACAACACACUGUCUCCCAGCCACAUUGAGUCCUGGAGCGAUGAGGAAGACGAGAGGGAGAGGCACCGCGAGAGUCCAGAUACAGAUGGCAGUGGAGGAGUAAGUCGUACGAUGGCUCCGUCACACAUUGACAAAAUCAUUAACGGUUUCCUCAACAUCGUGCCGAGCUGCUUGAGGUCAGCGCCCAGUGCGGAGGCGGGGGGUUACCACCAGUACGUGAGUGAGUCGCAACGGCAGUACUCCCUCGUGUUGGCUGCCUGCAGUCGCUUCAGUUGGCCUGUCGAAGCAGUGUCCGAUGACAACCUCAGCUCAGACUCACGACCCGAGGCUGACACUCGACAGUUCUACGAGGGACCCUUCCUCAGGAUGAUAUUCAAUAGGAUACGGGAUCUUCCAAAUCAGGCUUAUGAAGUGAAUCUGCAACUGACUGCAGUGAUAUCGCGGCUAGCUUUGCUUCCUCACCCGUACCUCCACGAGUAUCUUCUCAACACCAGUGUUCCGCGACGGCCAGACGCAGACAGUCUAUUGGCAGCACUGUCGGACACGGCCGCGCUGCUGUUCACUCAGGUCACUGCGCUGCCCGACUACAAGGGCCUACUGCAGGAGACCAGGCAUCGUCUGCUGGGCCAGUCAUCUGACAAAAGGGAGGAGUACUGCAGUCAGCUAGAGAGUGUGGUGGUGUUGGAAGAGGUGUGCAAGGAGUUGGCCGCCAUUGCCUUCGUCAAGUUCCACCACGCCACGUGACCCUGACAGAGUCUGGGCCGCGCCUUCACUCUUGCGAAGAACAUCAUCUACUCGGAACAGAAGCAGUACACUUGGUUGUGUACGAGAUUUCUUUGUCCUGUCUUCAGAACAUCCUAACGCCUCGUUACGCACACUGAUUUAAAUUAGCUGGGUAAUUAAUAAACAGCUAGAAUUUUGUGAUUUUUUUAUUAACUAUGGUUUUUGUUUGAUUUUGUUAUCAAUAAUUCCUAAAAAGUGAGUAGUGUAAAAAAUCAUAAUAGUUUGUGGCAAUCAUGUGACUGAUGAUCAGUAUAUAAUUUGAACCUUUAGAAUUAUACACGGAACUACAAGAUUAAUAUCGCUAAUCCCUUUUUAGUGACCAAUUUUGGCCUUUGAUUAUUAUUGGUUCUGAACAUUUACCAGUUGUAUGUGGUUUCUGUAAAAUUGUAGUUUUUAUUUUUUUUUAUUAAGAAUACACAAGGUGUGAAGCUUUUUCAAAUGUUGAAUAUAUUGACGUAGUGUUAUUCUGCCGGUGAUUAUUAAAAAAAUAUUUAUUUAAUGGUUAACUGAUGUCAAUGUCCCAUUAAAAUCCAAACACAUUUGUUUGAAACUUGGUGACUAUUGUAGUAAGUGGUUAAUCAAAGUAUGAGAAACACAAAAAAAAACAUGUACGAGACAUAAUCAUAAUCAUUGUCUUCAGAUCAUUCAUGAGGAUGAAUAAAUUUUUAUAAGUAUUCACCUAGUGUUGUACAAUUAAAAAACAAUGGAAUUACCUUAACAUCCAAAGUAAAAGUUUACUUUCUACUGAAAAUUGAUCAGUUAAGUACGUUUGGUCAAAAUUUACCUUUCAUUUACAUACACCUCUCGUACCUAAUUGUUUCAUAUAGACCUCCUUGUGAACUAUACAAAGUAAAAAAUAUAUUACUAUUUUGAAGGUCAAUGGAAGUGGGGAUAUGAGUAGAUGAGUGGUUUAAGGGCUUGUCAAUUAAUCAAAAGGUACCCAGUUCGAUCCUGAGAAAAGUCUGUUGCUUUUUGAUGGUUCUAAACUGGACCCAGCUGUCCCAGAUUAUUGUCAAUGAAUACAAACCCUUUUAGAAGCGAAAUGUUUAUGGAGAAUAGUCAGACUGAAAUUUUGUCACGGAAAUGAGUUUUGCGCGGCCACCGCUACGAUUGCUCACGUGGCGGCCAUGUUACUCUAUCUCUCUCUCUUUCUAAGAAGAUUCUUUGUCUCACUCUCUCUCACACAGUCACCUGACUUGCCCGCGCUCGCGAUAGUCUACCUAGCGGCCGCCCUGGAACUAUCGAAAAUUCAAAUAUUUCCAGACUUAAUUUUUUACAAAGGCAUUGUGUUUCUUAAAAGGUUUGUAUUAAUUGUUAUUGGGCGUAAAAUAAAUGAUCCAGGAUGGAAUUUAAAUAAAUGCUUGGUAUGAAUUUUGUGUUUUUUUUUAUAAAUUUGAGAACUGCUUAACAUGUGUUAAGAUUAACUUAACAUAACUUGCACUUCACAUUUAGGUAACGUAGACUUUUUUACACUUAAGGUAAAUUUAGUGAUUGUGUUUUGCUACACCUACAAUUAAAUUAAACUAAUGAUAAUAUCACAAAUAACUAAGUUGACCGCCAUUGACUUUUGUGUUCUAAAAUUUGUGGUACAGUUGGAUUUUUUUUAGUCAGACAAAUUUUUGGUGUGGUGGAAUAUCUUUGAAGAUGAACCUUUUUUGCUGUAUUGCGAUCAUGUGUUCAUACUUGUCAAAUUUUGAGGUUAAAUCAAUACAAACAAACUGGCAUUAUAUUUUUUUGUUAGGCUAUUUUAUGUGUUUUUAUGGGAAAAUCUCCAUUAAAAGCUCAAAUUUCAAAAAAAUGGAAAAAGCCUGGAGAUACCAUGGAAUCAUGGGACCUGUUAAUUUUGGUGAAAGAUCUUGUAGGAUGGCAUCCUCGCCUCGUUCUCAAUGUGCGCUUGUUUUUAAUAGAAAAGGGGCUUCCUCAGGCUGCUAAGCUUUCACUUAGGAUUUUAAGGGUUAGGUCUAAUUACACCGUACUAUAAGGAAUAUAUUUUAUCUAUGGCUGGAUUCAGCUAUUAAUAUUGUCCGCUACUUUGCUGCCAAUAUGCUAUUUGUGUAAAGUUACCAAUUCAGAUCUCGGUUCUUACUUUUACAAUGGUUUAUUUUGUAAUUUAAAUGUUUAUGGAGAUGAAGGCUCCAUAAAAAAGUAUUGAAGUCUAUUUUAUUGUUAUGAGUUUUUUUUGUGGUUUUUGGAUAACGUUUGCAAACAAGUUUGUAAUUUUAUGAUUUUUUCCCAUCCCAUUAUCAAAGCCAUAAGAAUAUUGUAAAAGUUGAGUUAGAUUGUUGAAAAUAAUGAGGUGUGUUAAAAAAAAGAAUUUUUCAACUUUGCGGGCUUGGUGAGUCUGUUAGACUUUUUUUUAUAUUCGUAUGCCCCUGAAGUAUGAAAAAACUAUCAGCUGAUUUCAUUGUUGACUUGCCACUACAAUUAGACAUGGUUUAUGAGCUCAGAAAUUUUCUAUUGGUAGAAGCACUGGCACUAGUGUACUGAUCUCUAAUUGGUACUAAUUAAAGGUGAUAACAACUUAGACAAAUACAUAAAUAUUUUGUGCAAAAAAUAAAAAUGCUCGUUAUUUUUCUAACACACCUCAUAUAAAAAAUUAAUGUAAAAAUUACAGAGUGAGAAUGAAGUUAUGAUUGGUUCUAAAUGCUAACAUUAUUACAGAUAUCCUUGUUUACUUACAUUAUAUAAAAUCAAACGUAUAUUGUAACAAAUAUAAUAUAUACAAAUACAUACAACCAAUAGUUACUGUUCUGUCUAAUAUGAUUAAUGCAUCACAUUGUAUUUUUUACAACUCUCCUUUUCAAAUCAUAUUUUUGAUUAUUUAUAAAUG